AUAACCACUCUUCUCAGACUCACAAUCUCCGCUCCCUCUCCUCCCCCAACUAUACAUACAACAACUGUAUAUAUCUAUCCCUCCCUAUAUUCUCUCAAAAAUCCCCAAUUUUGAAUUUCGAAUUUUGAAUUUUCUCUGUUGAAUCGGAUAUGGCGACGAUGAUGUCGCAGAAGAAAGACGUGGAUCGGAUCAGAGGGCCGUGGAGCCCCGAAGAGGAUGAGCUAUUGACGAGACUUGUGGAGAAACACGGGCCGAGGAAUUGGUCUCUGAUUAGCAAAUCGAUUCCCGGGAGGUCGGGGAAAUCGUGCCGGCUGCGGUGGUGUAACCAGCUGUCGCCGCAGGUGGAGCACCGCGCGUUUACGGCGGAGGAGGAUGAGACGAUCAUACGCGCGCACGCGAAGUUCGGGAACAAGUGGGCCACAAUCGCGCGGCUGCUUAAUGGCCGUACGGAUAACGCGAUUAAGAACCACUGGAACUCGACGCUGAAGCGGAAGUGCGGGUCCGGGUCGGAGGAUUCGGGUUUCGAGCCGCCGAGGAAGAGAUCGGCGAGUGUCGGGGCGGCGGGGGUGAAUGUUUCCGGGUUUUAUGUGAGCCCCGGGAGCCCCUCCGGAUCUGAUUUGAGCGAUUCUAGUCUCCCGCAGGUUUUCCGGCCUGUUGCUCGUGCCGGCGGGGUUUUUACGACGCCGGUGCCGCAGAUCGAAACGGAUUCUGAUCCUCCCACUUCUCUCACUCUCUCUUUACCCGGAUCCGAUAGCUCUGAAACUCCAACUAGCCAACUCGACUCUCCCCAUAUUGUUCAACCCCACGCGCCGCCGUCUCAAUCCCACGCGCCGCCGCCUCCACCGCCCCCUAUUUCUUUCUCCCCGGUGGUGGCUUCAUCUCCAUCACAACCACCGCCGCCGCCGCCAGCACCUCAAAGCUUCGAGUUUUUACCCGCGCCGCCGCCGCAAACGGCGGAGAAGCCGCUGUUCAGCCCGGAGUUCCUGGCGGUACUGCAGGACAUGAUUAGGAAAGAGGUCCGGACUUACAUGUCCGGCGUCGAGAAAAACGGGCUCUGUAUGCCGACGGAAGCAAUCCGAAAUGCCGUCGUCAAACGAAUCAGCCUUAGCAGGAUCGAAUAACUGACUGACGGUAGUGCUUGUAUAGGAGAUGGUCGGUCAAUGUUAAGCUCGCCUGAACUCCGGCGAUCGUUCAUGGGUUGCUCUUCAGUCUUCCCUUGUAGAAUUUCCAUCAGUCUGUCUUUAAGAAAAAAUAAUUUUGCAGGCAUAUACCGAUGAAAGAGACGGAGAGAGCUCUAAACAGUAGUUCCCGUCGAUGAGAAAUCGCCGGAAAAGAAGAACCAAUCGGAAAAAAUGGACAUUUUCCGGCUGAGAUGCAAAAUUGAAUUCUGAAAAUUUUAAGGGACUGGAAAGUAAAUUCGGGAAUUUCACAUUAAAUUCAGAAAUGUUAUUUUUGUAGUAUUUCGGUUGAAAAAUGGGUAUAUUAAUAUAACGCCUGUGGGGGCAUAAUGGACAUUGAAUGAAAAUGUUUGUUAAUUAACAA